AUGGCGAGAGUAGGUGACGUUCUACUGGUUAAGUACAAUGUGCCGGGGCCCGACCUCUGGCACGAGAGGAUCGUACUCGCGGUCCACCCGACCGAUGCGGGGCACUACUACAUGCUGACCCCCGACGGGAAUGCGUACAUAGAGGACUGCUCGCCCGCCUCCGCCGAUGUCGAGAGGAUCCGAGGUGCUGCCGGGCUCGGGGACACCCCGCCCGCGCUGCAGGGGGCGCGCAUCUAUCGCUUCAGGGACGUGCCGACCGUGGAGGAGUUGCGGCAGCAGGUCCUCGACGCGGCCCUGGCGCUCGGGCUCCCGGGGCCUGCCGACCCCAGGCCCCCCGGGCAGGGGGUCCAGGCGGCGGGAGUCGCCGCCCCGGCUCCCCGGGCGGACCUCGUUUGGGUCGCUGCGGAGGACGCCGAGGACCUGCCGAAGGGCACGGAGGUCGAGAUCACGGCGGACACCAUCUCUGCUGGCGACAGGGCCAUCAUGCCCUGGAAGGGAGGUUUCGUCGGCCUGCGGCAGAUGACACGCCCAGAGGUGUACCGCUUCACCUAUGAUGAUCUGCGUGUGCAGCCGGUGCAGUUUGACUCGAGCGGUGCGCGCAGGGUCACUUUCAGCGAGGGGGUGCAGCGGCAGGAUGACACGCUGCCCGCUGGCGGGCUGGAUCUGCAGGGCCCUCGGACGGCUUCCUGGUCCUGCCGUCGCGUGGCGGAGAACGGGCCCACGCCCCAGGCGGCCCACGAGGCCUGGCUGCGCAAGGCCAGGCUGCACGAGGGCGACCGGGCUAUCCACGAGCACUUCGUCUUGUCGCAGGUGCUCUCCGCCGCUGUGUGCCACGACCAGUUGAACGUGCCCGCGCUGAAGUCCAUGGAGCUCGUCAUCAGGAGGCUGCAGCUCAUCAAAUCGGCCUGCGCGCACUCCGCGUCGGCGCCUGACUUCUCGGGCGCCGACCACUUCAUGGGCUGGGGGCCGGCCACCGCCUCAGCUUCAGUGGCGCCGGAGCUGGCCGCUCAUGUGGCUACCAAGUUCAGGGACGAGGCUGCCAUCCUCAAAGAGUCACGGAAGGCUGCUGAGGAGCGUCGCAGUCGAGGGGGCGGCGGCAAAGCUGUCGAUGUUGAUGAGCGGCCUGAUCCCGGCUUAUCUGCUACAGUCUUCAAGCGUAUGGCCAGGAGGCGUUCGAGGCAGCUGCUCGCCAACGGGGUCAUUGAGACGCUCAACGUUUUGGCCUCCCCGGCUGCCAUCUCUACCUUCAGGCCAACGGCUGCUCAUCGCGCUGCCCAUGGCCAAGUUUUGUCUACCUUGGCGGCAAGGCCUCCCUGCACAUCUUUGUACAAAGACCGCGAAGCCCUCAAGGCGCUUUGUGGAUCGGAGUUCUCCUAUGCUGGGGGCGACUCCAGUUGCAGCGUGGAGCCGUAUGAUCGAGGCCGGGUCUCGAUGCCAGCAGCGGGGGCUUCGCCUCCGUGGCUGACGGAUGUCAUCGAUGACUCCGGCAGAGGCGUAGUCGACGGCUUCGCCACCGCGAUGCUCCGCUCGCCCGUCGAGAUUGGAGCCAUCAUGGACCAGCAGGCGCACAUUAAGCCCUACAUGGACGUGAGGCUCAAGAGGGACAAGUUGCUAUACUACCAGUUCGUCCGCGACUUAUUCGAGUCCAAUUUCGUGGACUUUGGAACGGACGCUUUUGAGACCGCGUACCCGUUCUUCGUACGCAAGAAGUCGGGCAAGCAGCGGCUCGCGCGGGACUGCCGGGUGGCCAACAUCCGCUGGCGCAGUCCGCCCAAGAUCCGCAUGGCGAGUGGUUCGGCGUUCGCCGGUCUGCAGAUCCCCCCGGAGCUGCAGGAGCAGGGCAGGGGUGCCGGCUCCGACAUCGCGGACUACUUCUUUUGGCUCGCCAUGCCGCCUGGCCUGCGGCCAUUCUUUGCGCUGCCGCCUGUGCCGGGCGCGCUGCUGCUCGAGUGGGGCGUCCCCGCUGCCUUGGGCGGGGCACUCCAUGGACUUUUAGAGGUGAGGCCUCGCCUUCGUUCUGUGCCGAUGGGCUGGACCUGGGCGAUGUGGCUGGCGCAGCGUGUGCACAUGCAUCAGAUCUGUCUUGCGUUGCCUUGGGCGCCCUCGAGACUCAUGGAGGAGGGGGCCCCUGUUCCUGAAUGGCGCUCGGAUCUCCCAGUUCUGAAUGUGUAUUGCGACAACUUGAUGGUUCUUGCGACGACCCCCACGAUGGCGAGGGAGGCUCGAGAUGCCGUCAUUGUCCAGCUCGUCAAGUCAGGCUUUGUCGUCCACGAGGUCUUCGGUCCCGUUAGGCAGUUCACCGCUCUGGGAUGCCACAUCGACGGGGGGGCUAUGAAGGUCUGGGUCGAUCCGAUGCGCAGGGGGCGGAUUGCUGCCGAUGCCAGAGCUCUGUCGCGACGGCCUCGGAUCACAGGUCUGGCGUUGAGUCGGUUCAUCGGUCAUUGCAUCGCCGCCUUCCUCAUCUUCCGUCCUGGGCUUUCGGUAUUUAGGCGCAUGUAUGACUUCGCUGCUAAGUUGGGGGCUGCUCCAGGACGUCUUUGGGCUGAGGCUGCUCACGAGGCUCGUCAGGUGUCGUAUCUCAUCCAGGUCACCAUGUCUGAUCUCUGCAUGGAGUGGUCGGAGAGGGUCAUCGCUACCGAUGCGUGUCUUUCGGGGUUUGCCGUUGCUGCUACGCGCUGGCCUCAGGAGGUCAUCAAGAAUUACGGGUCCGUCCGGGAGAAGUGGAGGUAUCGGAGCCGUCUGCCGUCUGCGACUGCACCUCGCGAUGCUGCCCUGCCUGCUUUCGGCGACCCCUUUAGUGACAUCAACACCGUAAAGACCAUCGUCCAGCCGAAAGCUAUAUCGACGCACGAGCCGAACCCCGAUUUCGCCGAGAUCGAUCCGGGAUACCUCAGGCGACACCUCCUUUUAGGGGACAACUUAGGCACAGUGCUGGCCAUGGAGAAGGGCAGGUCGGCGUCGUUCUCUCUCAACAAGUCAUGCCGUAAGACCGCAGCCUUUUCAGUGGCCUCGGGGUCGCGUUACGUGUACCGCUGGAUCCCUUCGGAGAGCAACCAUGCCGACGAGGGCUCCCGGCUCUGGGAGCCGCGCCGGCGCUCCGCCUGUGCAGCGGACCCUCCGCCCGGCGCAGGAGCCACCAUCUCGCUCGCGGAGUGGCUGGAGCUGGACGAAGAGGCCGUGGAGGGGCAGGGCACCUUCCUCGAGUCCAGCUCGGUGAGCACCAAGACGUACAAGGACUACGAUCAGCGCCACUCGGAUUUCCAGGAGUGGAUCGCCAAGAACCGGCUGUCGGCCAAGUUGGAGAGGCAGCCCGACCUCGUGCUCACGGACUACAUCAACCACAUGUGGGCGACGGGGCACGACGUCUCGGAGGGGGCGAAGGCGCUGGCUGCCUACAUGUACUUCUACCCCGACUACUCGAAGGCCGGCAGGCUCGUCCUCCCGAGGGCCCGUAAGGCGCUCCGGGGCUGGAGGAGGCUGGAGCCUGGCAAGACCAGGCCUCCGAUCCCGCUGCGCCCGCUCGCGAUCCUGUGGCUCGAGAUGAUCCACAUGGGGUGCCCGCUCAUGGCCCUUGCGUCGGCCACGAUGUGGGUUGCGUAUCUGCGGCUGGGGGAGGCCAUGAGGUUGAAGGAGAAGGCCCUCGUCGCGCCGCCGUGCACUUCGGCUGCUGCCCUGUGGAGCCUGCACAUGCACGAGGAGCUGGACCAGCACCCCUCCAAGGUCAACCUCUUCGAGGAGAGCCUGGUGCUGGACUCGGCCGACCUCCCAUGGCUGGGAGACCUGCUGGCAGGACUCAGAAAAGGUCAACCAGACAGGCUGUUCUUCGACUUCAAGUAUCCGCUCCUCGGUCAGACCAUGGUGGGAGCGGCCAAGAAGGUCGGUUUGGAGAAGCUCAGGAUCACCGCGUAUCACAUGAGGCACUCCGGUCCCAGCCACGACAUCCUGUUCAAGAGAAGGUCGUUGGCAAGCGUCAAGGCAAGGGGUCGGUGGCUAUCCGAUCGCACGGUGAGGAGGUACGAAGCUCACGGGCGCCUGCUCCAGCAGCAGGCGAAGGUCUCGGACGACACGAACAAGAAAGGUGCCUUGGCUUUAGACAAGUUGAAGGACGCGUUCCACACCUCUUUGUUCCCACGGGCCGCCGCCUCGUCCAGGGGUGUCGGGCCGUCGAGAUCUUCUCAGGCUGUGGGAGGCCCUCGCAAGCUCUCGCCAGCGCCGGCAUUCCAGCAGAGGCCUGGGACAACGAGCAAGGCGAGGCGGCUGACUUUCUGA